GCAUCUAGGUGUGUCUCCCACUGUAUAAAUAGGCAAGAAGCGUCAGUGCUUUGAAGGAGACGGGAAUCACCUUGAGUUUUACACUUGGACAAGCUGAAAAGACAGGAGGAGGUUUCAAGAGAACAGCAAGCCAUGAAGAUCAGACAUUUCGCUGUUCUGUGUGCCCUUAUUGUGUUCUCCCAGAUGCUACAAGCUGACUGUGAAAUACAGAAAGAGAGGAGAAGAGGAAGGACCAACAAUGGAAAAGGUGAGAGGCCGCAGCCUGGCUCAGAUAACCAGAAUGGAAGAGGUCAGAAAACCCGAGGACAGAAGGGUUCACUUAAAGGCAAGUUUGUCACCAAAGAGAAGUCUGAGUGUGCCUGGGCUCUGAAUGAAGCAGAGAUUGCUACCUUGAAAAUUGAUUGCAAAAGAUCGGAGAGCACCUUCUCCUGUGAAUUUUCAGGCAACCCUUCCAGCUGUCCCCAGUAUGCAGAAAACAGGAAGGUGUUCUGGAAGCAAAUUACUCGGUCUCUAAAGAGGCAGAAGAACAUUUGUGAAGACCCAAAGAGUAUCUUAAAAUCUAAAAUCUGUAGGAAAGGGCCAUCAGCUGCUCACCUUAGAAUGGUGACACCACAUAGUUCCAGAGAAGACAAGCCAGUUCACCAUGGACGGGAGACCCCUCUAGAACCUGAUACAUCUGGAACCCAGCCAGACGAAGCAUCCAGCAAUUGUGUUGAAGAUGUCGAUUAUAUUGAUCAGAGAAAAGUGGCUGAAGAGUACUGCUCAGAGUUAUGGAUGUCUCUUUGCCAUUUCGUCAUUUCAAUGAUACAAGAUAAAAAGUGCAAAUAGGAAGACAAGAAGGUUGGCAACGUUCCUUGAGUUACUACAGGCGCACAUGCAAAUCACAUUGCAGAAGGACGAACCAUUCAAAAUAGCCCUCUAAUACGUUUGCCCAGGAACCAGUUUUCCUGGAGACACUCAAAGGUGAAUCACCUUUUUCAUCUCCAAAAUGGGCUGCUGCCAAACCCCCUGGCCACAACUACUGAUCCCACUCCUUACCUCCAUGUAACUGUGGGGAAGAGGUCACAUGAUGCAACUCAAGGAGGGAGGUUGGACCGAGGCCGAUAUCAUGCUGAUUUUUCCAUCAUAUAAGGGUGACAUCUUCAAAGUGAACAUUCAAAGGUCUCCCCCUCCCACAGAAGAUACUGUUUUUUGUCAGGUCAUCAAAGAUGCUGUAUAUUUUAUUUUUCUAAAGAGAUGAAUUGAUUUAUAGAGCAUGCUAUAUAAAUGUUACCGUUGGAUGUUACAAGCCCUCUGUAAAAAUGUACAUAUUAUGCUUUGUUGAAUAUCUCCUCCUUCCCUUGAGCAUUUUUAGCCAAAGUGAUUAUUUCAGUGUUAUGCACUUUUUGUACUUUUGCUUUCAGAAUUGCAGAAAAUUAUUA